AUGCUAUUUUCCGUGUCGUCACUUCUCUUGACUGCCUUCUUGGCGCCUUCCCGAUGGCGACUCAAGGAUACUACCGGCCUUGAUCUAAAAUCAUUUCGUUCAGCCGUAGCACCCUUUCGGUGCCUAACUGCCGCGCCACCCGAAGGUUUCACGAGAGCUGGGAUACUUCCAGGUUGCCCAAGCCUAGACAGGGGAAGUCGAGAGGCAGAGGUCGGGUUCGAACCACGGACCUUCCGGUCAGUAAAUCUGCGCUCUAACCACUUGGGCCAUCUCGCGCAAUUCAAGCAUAAAAUGCUGAGAACUGGGUGUCGGUAG